ACCCUGUGCACGAGGAACGUGGGGCACUCAUUGUUGUUUUUCAGUUAAUCAUAAACUCGUUGUGAAAUUCCAAAACACUUUGCGUAUAGAAAUAAAAAUACACUACAUUACCAAAACCAGAGCAUAGAAAUGUCGAAUUUUACGUGCAUCAAUUGCGAUGCUCGCUUCGCCAAUGCCGAAAUACAGCGGGAACACUACAAAACCGAUUGGCACCGUUACAACCUAAAGAGGCGCGUGGCGCAGUUGCCACCAGUGGCAGCCGAGGAGUUCCAGCAGCGUGUGCUGACCGCCCGCAGUGCGACAGAGACGGCAAUCGAAGAGCAACAGAUGAGCAUCUAUUGCACCGCCUGUCGCAAGCAAUUUGGCAACCAAAAGGCACACGACAAUCACCUCAAUAGCAAAAAGCAUAAGGAUGCUCUUGCACGCUUCGUUGAAACUGAGCCGCAAUCAUCGUCGCCAGCUUUGUGCGUUAAGAGCCGCGUUGAGCCACGCCCACAUCCUGCACUGGCGGCGGCUGCAGCUGGCAAAGGUCGCUUUGCAUUCGCGGAGCGCGCAAUGCAAAUCGAUGAGGAUGCUGAUGACGAUGACGAUGCCGACUUUGAGGAUAUCGAAGAGGAAGAGGUCGAUUCAGAUGAAUGGGAUAAGAUUGCCGAAAAUCCGCUAAGCGAACGCGAUUGCUUGUUUUGUUCAGAGCAAAGCAAGGAUUUGGUGGCGAACCUCAAGCAUAUGUCGGUGGCACAUUCAUUCUUCAUUCCCGAUGCCGAGUACUGCACAGAUAUGGAGGGUUUGAUCUACUAUCUGGGCGAAAAGGUGGCCAACUAUUUCAUCUGCUUGUGGUGCAAUGAUCGCGGCAAAACCUUCUAUUCCCUAGACGCUGUGCGGAAGCACAUGCUGGACAAGGGUCACUGUCAGAUGUUGCACGAAGGUGUCGCUCUUGCCGAGUACGCCGAGUACUAUGACUACAGCAGCAGUUAUCCCGAUAACAAAGAAGGCAUGGAUAUCGAUGAAGAGGUUGUGCCCGAGCUGCUAGAUGGCGACGAAUAUCAACUGGUGCUGCCCUCUGGCGCCGUAAUCGGGCAUCGUUCACUGCUCCGCUACUACAAACAGCGUCUGCAUCCCGAGCGCGCUGUCGUGCUCAAGAAAUCGGAUCGUAAGCUGCAUCGUGUGCUGAGCGAAUAUCGUGCACUCGGCUGGACGCAGACGCAGCAGCAGGCGGCGGCGCGGAAGGCGAAGGACAUUCAUCUGAUGAAGCGAGUGCAGUCCAAAUGGCAAAUGCAGCUGGGCACCAAGGCCAAUAAGCUGCAGAAACAUUAUCGUGCUCAGGUGCUCAUUUAAGUCAUUCGAGCAUGGCGACAACAAUAAAAAAAAUAAUACUGAUUUCUCGUGUUUUUUUUUUCUCGCUUAAAUUAAGCAAAAUUUGUUUUCAUUUUACAACUACUAC